AUGGAUGACGAAUAUGGGAGCUCUGAAAACGAGCAGGACGAGUUGAUGGAGGAGGCCGAGGAUUUGGAAGCCGAGAACGACGCAGAGGAGGAGAACGAGGAGGAAGAGGAUGAUCAAGACGAACAAGACGAGCCGGAGCCGGAACAGGAACAGGAGAUUGAGCCCGAAGCCGAACCCGAGUCCUUCGAUGCCUCGCAAGCACCGGCUCCUGAAGGUCAGCCGACUGGACAAGACGUUACCGCACGCGCAUCCGCUGCACCCACGACCCCAGUGACCGUUUCCAAGUGGCGCCCAAUAUUGCGGCAAGAAUAUAUCGAUGCCCCAUUAUACGACAUUGUGCCCACCAUGGCAGCGCCGCAGGCCACCAGCAUCAAUGCCCUCGCCGUUACACCCGAUCUUCGGUACUGGAUGACGGGCGGCUCUGACGGCUACAUCCGGAAGCACGACGGCAUGGGCACAAUCAACGGCAAGCAGCAGCUCACGGUGGCGCAGCGACAUCCCUUCGUCGACAGCGUCGUCAAAGCCGGCAUCUUGAUGAGCUACUGGGAGAACGAGGAGCCCGCGCCGCCCGGCGCCCGCGCCGAGGAUCGAAUUCUGUCGCCCGUCUACAGCCUGGCAAUACACAGCGGUGCACUGUGGCUUCUUAGCGGACUUGAGAGCGGGGGCAUCAAUCUCCAGAGCGUGCGCCACGACGAGGGCAAGAGGAUACAUUGUCUGAGGGACGGCGGACACACCAACGCCGUCAGCGUGCUGCAGUUGGCGCCCGACGAAAAGAGCGUGUUGAGCGGGAGCUGGGACAAGACGGUGCUCGACUGGGACCUGAACACUGGCAACGUGAUACGACGCUUCGAGGGCAGCGGGGGGCAGAUCUCGGCGAUCGAACUGCGUCCGGCAAGUGGCACGCCCAUACCGGCCGAGGCGAGCGAGGUUGAGGUUAGGAGUGAGACGUUCUUUGCCGAAUCGAAGCCCCGGGUAAAUAGCUUCUUCGCGAAUGGCGCCGCAGACGGGGUAGGCGGGACAGACCAGGCGGCCGGCAACGACACAGGGACCGCAGUUGUAGCUGCUGGCUCGCCAGAACACGAGUCACUUUUCGGCAGCCCUGCCGGAUCCCUCUUUGGCGAUAACGACACGAUGGGGGGCGGAGGAGGCGCAUUUGGUGACGAUGAUGACGAGUUCUCCAGGGCCAUGGACAUGGGGCUGCACGACGAGGCCAACCACGGACUCGACCACUCGGGCGGUUUCACAAUGGGCGAUGCAGACAUGUCCAACCCGCUUCCAUUGGACAUGGGCGCACCGUCUACGACAGAAGAAGCCCAACCGCCGCAAAACGGGGCAGCCGUCACCAUGGCCGACUCUCACGGCCACGUCUCCCACAGCGACACCAUGACGGGCGACACCGCCCACGACAUGUCGAUGGACUUUAGCCAAGCUCCCACCUCCACCGAACCCGCCAUGGAACAACCGCCACCUUCCGCCCCCGCGCAAGAAACCCAACCCCCAGACGUCCCUCCACCCGCCCACGCCAACGACGGCCCCACUUCCCCCUCCAUGGUCUUCGCCUCCGCCGCACCCCCUCCCCACACCGACCCGACCCAGUCCUCGUCCAGCACCUUCCUCUCGGCCGCUGUCGACGGCACCAUCCGCAUCUGGGACCGCCGCGUGCCCGAUCCCGUCGCCCGCAUCAACAACCGGCGCGGGGUGCCGCCCUGGUGCAUGGGCGCGUGCUGGUCGCCCGACGGCAACUGGAUUUACGCGGGGCGCCGCAACGGAACCGUGGAAGAAUACUCGAUCCACAAGGCGACCAGUGGCUGGCAUCCCGAGCGCGCGCUCAAGUUCCCUGCGGGAUCGGGCGCCGUUAGCUGCGUGCGGCCCAUGCCCAACGGCCGGCACCUCGUGUGCGCAUCGCACGACAUCCUCCGGCUGUAUGACCUGCGCGACACGUCGGCGUUCAAGCACAGCAAGGUGCCCUUCAUCAUCAUUCCCGGCCCGCCCCGCGCCGGCGUCAUCUCGCACCUAUAUAUUGACCCGACCUCGCGCAUCAUGAUCUCAACGGCGGGGACGAGGGGGUGGGACGGCACGUCAACCGAGGUCUUGAUCGGGUACGAGAUUGCGGUUGCCAAGUAG